UUGAUGUCUGUUUUUAUCACAAGGUUCACGAAACUACAGCCGUGAUCAGAGUUUUACUGCGAGUUUGAAUUUUGAAAUGAAGGUUUUGUUUUAUUUCUAUUUAUUAAGUUUUGCAUCUCAAUUUAUUGAGGGAGAUAUAGUGCCAAAGUCAGACACAUGUACUGAUUAUCAAUGUUCGGUUCCGGUUCAUUUGCGACAAGAUUGCGCAGAAGGAGAGACAUCACGUGAUCGGUGCCUUGCAAGAGGAUGUUGUUUCGAUAAUUCCAAGUUUGACACGACAUGGUGUUUCAAACCACUUCGUAAACCACACGGCAAAUGUCCUCACGCCGAAUGCCAGGUUAUACCUGAAGAUCGAAUGCAGUGUGACGUAGUCCGUGACGUCACACCGUACCGUUGCAUGCUGGCAGGAUGUUGUUAUGACGACGAUACGUAUGGAGCGCCUGCCUGUUUCAAGAGAAAAGUUUAUGCCGUCGCCUACCCGGGAAUGUACAUGCUAUUCUCACGCUGGUUGAUGAACUCGUGCAGGAGAGUCAACCCAGAUUACAGAAAUCCAUGUGGCAAUAAAAGAUGCGACGAGGAUCAAUGCCUGCGUUGGAGAUGUUGUUGGCUUCCCAUCGCGUUAGAAGGGCCUCAGUGUUAUUAUCCUUCGUAAUAUUUUUCAUUCCUUUUUCUUUAUGGUUUGUUAUUACAUAAAAAUUCGAUAAAAACUUGUGUUUCGUUUUA